CUAGAAAGGUGCGCUGUGUGUUCUCUAUUUAAAUUUCCCGCGUAAACGUAUCAAAGGCGCUCUUUAUUGUGAAAUUUUAGGUACAAUUGCUGCAUGAUGCCAAUUUUAAAGUUGUUUACUACCGUUCUUCUGGCAACUUUGGUCUGCUGUGAGCCUCCAGUCUACAGACCCCACCAGAAUGGAUACAAUCGACCUUCGAAUAAUUACUUACCACCAAACCCAGGAUUUAAUCUACCAAACACCUAUUUGCCACCGCACACUGGAUAUCCAACAGAUUUUAAUGGCCACGGACAAGGUCACGGACAGAAUCACGGUCAUGAUCAUCACGGCCAUGGGGAUGAAAGUGAAGUGCCUAAGGCCUAUGAGUUCGGGUAUUCGGUGAAAGACGCGGCCACGGGAAACGAUUACGACCGACGGGAAAUGUCUGACGGCAAUGAAGUUCGGGGCGAAUACAGGGUGCAGUUACCCGAUGGAAGGACUCAAAUAGUAUCAUAUCACGCGGAUUGGCAAACCGGCUUCCACGCUGAUGUCAGGUAUGAGGGAGAGGCGCACUAUCCACAAAAUAAUAAUUUAGGUUACAACACCGGCUACAACUACAACACACCGGAUUACUCUGGUUCUCUCAGCGGUUUCCAUGGCAACCAGCAGUUACCGAAGUCAUCGUACGGACCACCUUCAUUCCAUUAAGAAUUAAAAACGUGAACUUAUUACUAACUUUAUCUGCGAAAAAAUCUCUAAAGCAAUUUAUGAUAAUUAACGAAUUCGAAAAACAAAUGUAUAGUUAUAGAACUUUCAACAACUUAAAAAUAUUUACAAACGAUUUUUGAUGUUAUUUACAGCACUCAUUAUAAAUACUCAUUUUUUUAAAUU